GUGCGCGUGUGGCAGAGGAUGUCACACCAACCAAAAUUGCGAACGCACGCUCACGGCAGAGUCUUUGAUCGGUUAUUGGAGGAAAAUCCGCCGUGUAGGCUAGAGUCGGGGCGGGGCGUAAUUACACCGAGUCCCAUCCAUUUAGGGUCAAGUACAACAUUAUUACAGUUGUAACCAGCGUGGGUUCAAAGUUUGUUUUGUAUCCGGAAACCCAUCACGACAGAUCGCACACAUCACGCGAACGAACUGCUUUUAGACUCGAUCCUGUUUUUGUUUUUCUUGUGUUAAUCCCCAAGCUCGCGCUAAAUCUGCGCGGGAUGGAUCGCGAGGCAGUCCUAACGGCCAGUAUAAUUCGUUAGCAUCGCAUCGACUAGCUCCACAGUCUCGUCCCCGUGUACGGGGCUACGGUGCGGUCGGACGUGGAUCGAGGCGACCCCUCUGCGGGCUGCUUUGCCGAGGCGGUGGGCGUGUUUUUCUCCUUGUCUCGGCGUGCUAGCAUGUGAGCUGGCGCCAAGUUCUAGGCGUGAAAAAAGAAACAAGAUUUACAAGUUACGGACAGGAGUAAACCAGCAAAAGUCACGUUACGCUUGAUCGGAAAAGUUGCACGCAGUAGCGAUGGAGUCGGCCGUUAGUACAUCCACUCAAGUGCCAGAUGAGUUUGACCGGAACGUUCCGCGGAUCUGUGGUGUGUGUGGAGACAAAGCUACCGGCUUUCACUUUAAUGCGAUGACUUGCGAGGGCUGCAAAGGCUUCUUCAGGCGCAGCAUGAAGCGUAAGGCCAGCUUUACCUGUCCAUUUAAUGGAAGCUGCACCAUUACUAAAGAUAACCGGCGACAUUGCCAAGCCUGCAGACUCAAGCGUUGCCUGGAUAUUGGCAUGAUGAAAGAGUUUAUUUUAACGGAUGAGGAGGUUCAGAGGAAAAAGGAUCUGAUUCAGAGAAGGAAGGAUGAGGAGGCGAUGAAGGAGGCGCAGAAGCCCCGACUCACGGAAGAGCAGCGCAACAUCAUCAGCAUGCUGGUGGAGGCACACCACAAAACUUACGACGAUUCCUACUCCGACUUCUCACGCUUCAGACCUCCGGUUAGAGAGGGUCCAGUUACACGUAGUGCCAGCCGAGCAGCGUCUCUCCACUCUCUGUCGGAUGCCUCCUCUGACUCCUAUAGCCACUCUCCAGAAUCAGGAGAUCGCAAGAUGAAUCUGAGUAACCUGCUGAUGAUGUAUCAGGAGCAGGGUUUGGGCUCCAGUCCUGAGUCAAAGGAAGAUGAGGGCACCAAUCUGUCCAUGCUUCCUCACCUGGCUGAUUUGGUUUCCUACAGCAUUCAGAAAGUCAUUGGCUUUGCCAAGAUGAUUCCUGGGUUCAGGGAGCUAACAGCUGAAGAUCAGAUUGCUCUGCUGAAGUCUAGUGCUAUAGAAGUGAUCAUGCUUAGGUCCAACCAGUCCUUUAGUCUGGAGGACAUGAGCUGGAGCUGUGGAGGACCAGACUUUAAAUACUGCGUAAACGAUGUGACGAAAGCUGGUCAUACUCUGGAGCUGCUGGAGCCUCUGGUGAAGUUUCAGGUGGGAUUGAAAAAGCUCAACCUACACGAAGAGGAACAUGUGCUGCUGAUGGCUAUCUGCUUGCUGUCACCAGACCGGCCCGGGGUGCAGGACCACGAGCGAGUGGAGGUGCUGCAAGACCGAGUGUCUGAAGUUCUGCAGGCGUACAUCCGCGCGAAUCACCCAGGGGGCCAUCUGCUCUACGCUAAGAUGAUUCAAAAGCUGGCGGACCUCCGCAGCCUGAACGAAGAGCAUUCGAAACAGUACCGCUCCCUCUCCUUCCAGCCCGAACACAGCAUGCAGCUGACACCGCUCGUGCUGGAGGUCUUCGGUGGACAGGUCACCUAACAACCGCAUCCGAGUCGGGUCAAGAUGCGUGGGUCAGGUGCCAUGACCCAUGUGGGCGUAGUGAGAGUUGAGUGAAUGUACGGACAAUCACUUUAAAACAUACAUCCACAGUUUUCAGGACGACGUUUGUGAGUGCUCAAGGGUGCGUGUGUGAGCGUUUUCCUCAUUUUUAGGCCCUGAUGGAAUGCGCAGGCUUAUUUCUCACUUUUUGGUAUUGGGGGUAAAUCUCUGCCAUGGCUUUAAACAUGAUAAAAUGUGUUAAAUAGAGUUUGAGAGCGAUUAGUCCUCUGAAAGCAUCGUCAGAUUAGCCAAAUUAUUUUACACAUGCGGAGAAAGUGCGUAACUGUAAAUACCGGACGCUUAAUGGGCCUGCAUAUAAUUUACAGAAUGGCUAGGGAGCUACACAUAUUAUUUCUGUUUUGUUUUGUUUUUACGAAAGGAAAUUUUCACACAGAUGUGGUCAUGGUAUUUUACUGUGGCGUCCGAGUACAGUAUACCUUACUGUAUCGUCAAUAGCCAACAGUAUUACACUGCAUGUGUAUCCCUUUACAGGAUGAAUGUGUGUAUAUGCGUGUUUGGUCCCGCAUGCCUCCCCAAUAGCGCUGUCCACCUCCUUUCUUCACCUUCUGCCUUUAAACGCAGUGUUGAAAGUACUAAUGCAGGCACACAACACUAACCCGCUCUUUGCAUAGCCACUUAACCAGUUAAACGGCAGCUCCGCCCCCUCUCCGCUCCAUCCCAGGUUGUUGCUGAUGCAAUGGUCUUUACUGUUAUUUGCCUGUGCUUUGAUUGGGCAUUUACCCUUACGCCUGUACAAAAAGUGGCCAGUGCUGCAUUAGCAUUUAUCACACAGCUAUCCUGUAAAUAUUAAUAUCUAUAUUCAUACUUUCUCGAAUAAGUGUAAAUACAGUUUGAUAAAAGCUUACUUGGUGGAUAUAGCGGAGGGUGACCCUGCAGCCCUAGCUACCCAUGUAACAUAAUAAUACAUAUGUAAGCGUAAGAUACUACAAUUUAGCUACGUGUUAAAUCAAACCCGUAUAGGAAUUGGAAUCGUUAAUUAUGUUUUAAAAGAGUUUUACCUCCAUACUUAUAUCCUAUAGUGCUAUAGGUGUAUUUCUCCAUGGGUCAUGUUGUUGUUUUUUUGUCCUCUUGCAUUCCAUUAUUCCUUGAGCUCACAGGUUUGACCCAGUUAAGACUAAAUGCUAUAUCAUUUAUAUAAAUUACAAGUUUUUUAUUUACUUUUUUCACAUCUGCAAACAGCAUGAUAAAUGUAUAAUCGGUCAAAGACAAAAAUAACCAAGGCACGUUUCAGUCGAAAUCAUAAGGAAGUCCUGAAAUGCAAUCUGAAAAAAAAUGCCAUUUUGGGGUAAUAUAUGAUCCAAACCUGUUUUUUGUUUAAAUGGCUCUGUAUAAAAUAUCCAAGUCCGAUCAAGUGACUAGAAACCAAGAUGCUCUUUCUAUCGCUUAAGGUGUCUUUAAAUAGCAGCCAGUCAGAUAAUAUGAUUUCUUGUCAUUUAUCAUCUGUAUCUCCAUGGUACCUGGGUUUUAUCCUUAUUUGUUGGCACAGGCUUGUACUUGAAUGUAUCAUCUCUGAGUACUGCAUAACACAACAUUAUUAAGGGUCACCUAACGCCAUGACGGCUAUAGUAUAGACUUUAAUGCAUGUCUUUGGACACAGUAUUUUCACAAUAUCCACUGCCUGUUUUAUGUCAGCCAAACCAAACACAACUGCCUUAGCUUGGCCUCACCGUUAAUUGUAAUUUAUCUUUAACUUAUGCAUUUUAAGUUUUUUGGUCUUGUUUGGGUGUUUCUAGGGAUCGAUGUCUUUUGCUUCACUGUGUAUAAUAGAUGUGGAGGAGGGCUAAUAUGUCUGAUUUGUACACUUUUAAUCUACUUCUCUGUCAGGGCUCAGGGUCAUUAGGAAAACUUUUCUGUGGUAUGGGAGUUAAUCUUAGAAAAUGAAGAUUGUCGUUAGUUUCGAGAUUCGUGUUGGAACCGGGUCGGGUGAUUUAUCGAUCACGUAGGCUGAAUUUAACUACCUGGAAACUGCUCUCGCUCAGUAGGGCCAGAUCAGUGCGUGUGUCUGUGGUUGCGAGCGUUUAAAAAGCAAACGGAGAGACGUAUAGCAUAUAUCUACCGUAUCUAUGACCGGGCAUCGUAUAUAUUUGGCCCGGGCUGAGAUGGAGUGUUUGCGUGUGUUUGUGUGCGAGUGAAGGAGAAAGAGCGAAGUACGCGAGUAGGUUAGUUAUCAUUUCCUCAGUACACACUUGUUAUUACUAAUAAUAAAUAACUUAGUCAUGGCACUUAAGAUUUAAUGAUAUGGAAGGUUUGAUAUAUAUAUAUAUAUAUAUAUAUAUAUAUAUAUAUAUAUAUAUAUAUAUAUAUAUAUAUAUAUAUAUAUAUAUAUAUAUAUAUAUAUAUAUCUAUGAGUAUUACUUCUUUGAAAAAUGAAAAAAAUUAAAAUAUUUUCUUGUAGACUAGUUUUGAUAUUCUGGUAUUAGUGUACAGGUGGCGCACAGGGCAGAUGUUAUGUAUGUUUGUUUGGAUAGGGAUGCAAUAUGUAGGAAAGUAUGCUAACUUUCUGCCCGGUGUAGGUAAUUAUAUAUAGAUAUAUAUAUAUAUAUAUAAUUACUUUAACUUUUUUUGCUCUUUCUGACUGUCUAUUUUGUCUUCAUGCCUUUUCUCUAUACUAAGCUGCUCAGUUCUUUGUGGAAUGAGGGGCGUUGAUUCGAUUUUAAACUGGAGAAUGAUGAAAUCUUCCAGACUUUAUCUAGUAAUUAUACAGACUUACUUGUUUUGUUCUGAUUUAGUGCUAAAAUAUUUAGAUGAUAUCCCUGCAACUCUCAGCAUAAACACAGAUCAGACAAAGCAAGACAACAUGUAAACCGUUGCAAGAAAUGCAUUAUGCAUGAUAAUUAUGGUGAGACAUGAGAAAGACGGUGAUGAAAAUGAUAUUGGUCUCUUUGGGAGUCCAAAAUGUAACCAUAACAAACUACCUCUCUGGGGAACGGACACAUUUGAUUUGUAUUUUUUUAUGAUUCAUGUUUGUAUUUAUUGCUGUGCAGUGGCUCACACGGACAACACAGUACCUCAUGUAAUGAAUCUCACUUAACAACGAAGACGCCUUAACAGCUUUUGUUUCUUUUAAAACUGUUAUUUUCUCCGUGUACGGUCUUUGUAUCCGUAGCUUUCUUCAGCACGAACAUUUCCGUACACAGACCUGCAGACAAACAAACUCACACACAUACAAGAAAGCUGAACUGUUUAAGGCGUGGUCACUUCCAUGAUUGACAGUGUUCAGUUGCUGCUGGGAUUGGUUGGCCCCUCCUCAGGCCCCUCCCCAUUCAUUCUGACUGCUCGGUUGGAUUUUGCUGCUCCGCAAAAAUAUUUACACAAAUGAACGUAACCAUGACAGAGCGUGACCUCGCUCUCUUUCUCUUUUUAACGGUGUUUGUUUGUCAUCUCUCGUGCUCUGCAAAACACACUAGCUCAAACUUUACCUCAUACAAAAAAAAUAAUUCCUCUGCCGUCGAUACCUCAAGCCAGGUCAAUCCUAAAAUUUAGACGAUGGAUGACAGACGCACCCGUAAGAAAGCGAAAGAGUACGAGACGUGCUCUUUACCUCAUCUCUUCUGUCUUGGCACCAAAAGACGGGAGAUCAAUAGAAAGUUGGUGGUACUAAAUAGCUCUUAAAGGAAUAGUUCACCCUAAAAUGAACAUUUUGUCAUUUUUGCAGAUUUUUUUUAAAAAAGUGUUUAGCUUUUUUGGUUUACAGUGCUACUUCUCGAGCUUUAAAAGCAUGCUCCACAUGAUUUAUAUACGCCAUAUAUUUUAAGUUAUCAGAAGUAGGGAUGUCACUAUAUCAGACUUGCACUACACAACAUCACAAUAACAAUAUUUUCUUUGUCGGUUUAAUAAUAAUAAAUAUAUAAUGCUAUCAGUCAACUUACUGUUUAGUAUUGAUGUUUAUGUUUCUUGGCCAAUGAAUUAUACUCAAAAGAAAAGAGUAGGGAGGCAGAGAAAGAGUUUGUAAACAUUGUGUUGUAUAUCACAAUAUCGGUAAUCAUCUUUUUUUUACAUCACACCACGGUUAUAGUCAAUACCAUGUAUAUUUAUACAGCCUUAGCCUGAAGGCAUUAUAAGGCUUUGGCCAAAAAGUAUCUGUAAAUCUAUAUUUCAUAUAUAUUGAAGUGUCGGUCAUCAUCAUCCACUUCUAUUGUGAACAGAAAAUGCAAAGGCCAAUAUAUAUAUAGGGGGUUGAAUGACAUGAGCAUGACUAUAUAUUGACUAAAUGUUUAUUUUUUUGAGUGAACUGUCUCUUUAAGUGCUUAGUACCGGAACGAAAACUGCAAUACAACUGCUAGCUGUUUACGGGCUUACGUUAGUUUGCCUGCUCACCAGGACAAAACCUCUUGAAUAAUACCAUUCAUACAACUCAAUGGUUGAAAUUGCCUCUGUUUUUCUUUAGAUUUUCUUUUUUCAUUAUAAAGUAUUGCAAAUUCAUGUUCAUGAUUUCAUGUAAUAUUGGUCAAAUGUUUUACAAAUCAAUAAAAGAAUAUAAUAAUAAA